AUGGAGAACGAAGCUAUGACGGAGGAUAAGAAGCUAGUGAACCAGGAGCUCCGCAAUACGGUAGAGGGACGGUUUGAAAUUGAGGUCCCAGAGCAAGGAUGGGAUGGUUGUUCUCGAAUUUUGCGUGAGGCUCAAGAAAGAGCGAACGAAAUCCUGGGCAAAUCGAGGCUUUCUAACCAAACCAGGGCAGAUGUGGAGGGCGUUUGGAUGAGGGCCAUUGAAGAGAUGAGAGAGCUUUGGAAGGGAAAACAAGCAGAAAAAAGCUUAUCUCCACUCUUAGAAAAGGAAAUCACUGAAACCUUGAAACAGAGAGGGAUCGAAAGUGUUGAGGACUGGAGAGAAUACGUGAGGACUAUGGAGCAAGAUGGCGAAGUGAUGACAGAAAUCUGUGAAGUACUGAGAACUGAUGUGAGGCACGUAAAGAGAAAAAUAGCUGCUAUUCUGGAGCGCGGGGAGCGUGAAGGAGAGUCGAUAGGGGCUCAAGGCAGGAUGGGUCAACGAACCGUACCGAUGGACGGGAGGCGAACCGUUGAAUUCCAGGCAGUGCCUUCGGUGGGCCAGAGGUAUGAUGACACAUGGCUACGUUCUACGUCACUGGAUUCGACCCUGCUGGCCCGGGAAGAUAGAGAUGCGUCAGUAUCCGAGAAAGUACUGACGUACCUGAGGUCAAUGGCGUGUGGGGACCCUGGGGUGUUUACAGGUGCCGCAAAUGAGAACUUCGAAGAGUUUGUGAGAAGAUUCAGACGAAAAUAUGAGAAAGUCAUAGGAUGCGAAGCAACCCUCAUGGAGAUUCUUGGAGACGAUCAUCUUGGGGGUCGAGCAAAAAGUGUGUUUUCAGCCCUCCCCAGAACCACCAAGGAGCAGGGCCUAGAUGUGGUUAUAAGAGAAAUGGCCAGGUUAUUGUCGCAUGAGUCGACAGCGGGAAGAAUGAGAGCGCUCACGGAGCUCAGAAACCUAAGAAUGAGACCCGGUCAGGAGGUAGCCGAGUUCUGUAUCGUUCUAGAAAAUUUGGGAAGACGGGCCAAUCCAGACUGUACGAUUGAGGAACGGUCGUUAGAGUACGCUCAAAUUCUUCUAGACAGUCUCAGUGAUUGGCCAGAACAUUUUCAACUGGUAGGAGCUCUACAUAGAGUGGAUCCCUGUAAGGCGUAUGAGGAGAUCAAACAAUUAGCACUAAGCAUUGAGCAGUCUAAAAUUAUGUUUGGAGUAUGUAGGAAAUCAAGUGGAGUCCGGUGGAAGAGCAGGGCCACACAUUACCGUAACCGUGAUCAUGUGGGUACCGCAGAAGAGACGGAAUUUCCCCACGAUACGCUGGAGUACGUCAGGGAGGAAGAGACGGCCAUCCCAAGAGAAAGAGGCUGGCAGAGCGAAUACCAAACAGCUUCGAACAUUCGGAGCAAACCUGAGAGACAGACACAGCACAGUACGCCGAUUCAGCAUGGGUACGAGCAAGGGGGUACCGAAGAUAGAAAAUGCUACAAAUGUUCGAGGUAUGGCCACAUAGCCAGGAACUGCCCUCAGCCUUCAAUAAGAGUGAACCAUGUUAGAAAGCAGGACAACGUUGAGAAGAAAACUUUGUCGGAGAUCAUUAACCAAGCUCGCAGUCUUGGAAUGAGAGUCAAAAGGGAAUGUGGAAAUGCAGAUGAGUUAGUAGGUGGUCGAUUCGUAAAAGAAUUGAGUAUGCUGGGUGGUAGGUAUCCAGCACUAAUCGAUACAGGGUCGAUGAUUAGUGUGGUACCCGUGGAUAUUUUAGCAAAGCACAAGGAUAGAGGAGUGAAUGUGGACGCGCUGAAACUGGUAGAGAAGUCCCAGCUUACGCCAGUCUUGACGCAUCGAAUAAGAGGAUGGAGUUUCUGGGAGCGGUAUACGUUGAGGCCGAGUUGGAAGGAGGGAAUCUGGGCCUUGUGCCGUUCCACAUUAGCCCAAGUAGAAAUGACGAGAUCAUACUGGGAACUAAUGCCCUCAGUAAAUUAG